AUGUUACUACCUGAAUAAUAGAUUUUCCUUCUCUUUUUAAAAGGGCUACUAGGUUAUCUAAUUGUGUUUUGUGCACAUGAUGAAGGAUAUCCANAUAAAGGAGAAGAGAUAUAAGGGUUUUGUUUAAAUUUGACAUGCUAACAUUGCAGAUCUUAAUUCUUUUUAUAAUUUGAAGUGGAUCCUAAUAAACAUUCUAAUUGUAAGAAGGACUUAAAAAGAUUUGCUUAGAUUUAUAUUUUAUUACUAAAUUCAAUUAGACUCUACUUGAUUUAACAACCUGAAAAAUCUAUCUUUUGA